AUGGAGGCACUGUCGCUCAUCGACGUGGCCGCCGAGGACGACCUGCUCCUCGACCUCGCCUCGCCCCCGCCCCCGCACCCGCCGCCGCUGCAUCCCGAUCUGCCCCGCCCAGGGUUUGAGGAGGUGGUGGCGGCCGAGGAUUCUCGUUUGGAGCCCGCCGGCGAUGCUUCUGAGGAAGGGCGGGUUGUGGAUCCCGUUGGCGCGACGGAGGAGGCUCCCGAGCAAUCGGAGUCUCCGAAGCAGAGGAAGGGGAAGGCUGGCGUCAAUCUCCGCAAGAGCUUGGCGUGGGACAGCGCUUUCUUUACCAGCGAAGGUGUUCUGGAUACCGAGGAAUUGGCUGUUGUAAAUAGCACAUUCCAGAAGGCACAGGGUUCCAGGCUGCCUGGAAUCGCUGAGGAAAUGAGGAGGUCAUGGGAGUCAACUACCUCCACCCUUGAAAGUGAAAGCUGGGUGCUAGAAAACCUUGAGACUGAGCUGUUUGACAAUGUGCGUGCUUCGAUCCAGAGAUCACAUGGCAAUCCUAGAAAAAGCCCAGUUACUUCUGUUACCUCAAAACCCUCAAAAUCCAAGACAAAUGCUCCUCGUGUUGCUGCAAGGGUUGAUCUAAUGCCUCAGAGUAAGCUUCCGACAAGGCCCCCCAUUUCCACAAGUCAUGGAGUCGCUGGAGGAAAACAAAGGCUCCAAGAUACUUUGAAAGAGUCUACAGCUACAAGAGUGGCUUUACCAGGGUCGACAGAAGUAAAACCAUCUUUGAAACCUCCAAGAGCUCUACCAAGAGUAGCCACAAUGAGAGCACCAGCUAAUACAGCUAUGGCUUCUGGGAUUCCAGACAAAAGAAGCAGCACUGGAGGUACGGUCAGCAGGCAGGCAGUCGGUAAAUCUGUCAACAAUUCAGCUAGCACACAUUCUAGGCCUGGUGGGAUGACAAAAUCUGUUUCAACCUCAAAACCAGGUGUCUUACCACCACCACCAUCAGCAGCAGCCACUUCAAUUGGUAAUAUGGCAGGUCAAAAGGCAAAACCACCAGCCUUGAGCAACAAGAGCAGAACUGCUCAAAGGAUUCCUGUUCGUUCAACGUCAAGGACUGAUAUCAGCAAGGUUAACCCAGCAAGAGCAUCCAGAAAUAAUAUUCCAAGUAGGGGCAAUAGCGAUCGUAUAUCACCAAGCAUUUCACCCAGCAGUUCUGUGGAUAGCUUGAGUUCUGUGGUUUCUGGGGCUUCAACAACUUCCACUGUAGGGAAGAUGAGCCAUACAUCUGAGAGCUUCAGUACACGGUCUUCUUCAUUGUCUCCUCUCAGAAAGAGCAAUGAUCACCCUCCAAUAAGAGCAGAUGCAGCCACCCAGGGAAAAGGUUCUAAGCCAUCCGGGCUGCGAAUGCCUACACCCAAGAUUGGAUAUUUUGAUGCUGAGAAAUCCGUUGACCAACACAUUGGUGCACAGAUGCCCAAGAAAAUCCAGUGUUCACCUCAGCGAUCUUCUGCUCAGAUGGGAACCCCAGCGCCAUCUACCUUGAGUCAACCGGAAUCGAGAUCUACACCUCAUGAUACAAAGGGCAGUGUCCAGAGCAAGCCGUCCCCUUUGCUGCCCCUUGAAGCUGUACAAAUAGAACUUGAGCCAUCCCAAGCUAUGCAACAUGAAGUGUGCACACCAAAGCCCGGGCAAGUGGUAGCAGCAGACACCGCAAAGGAAAACAUUCCGGCUUUGCACCAGAAUAUCCAGCCAAAUAAUGAUGGCGCUGGUUAAUUAGGAGUUGAUCUGAUUUGCCAGAGGUUAUCCUCCAUUUCUCUUGGGGACGCCACUGAUCUGGUAUCCUGAUCUUGCAGUUGAUGAGUCGUAUGGUAUUUGGUUGUUUCUGAUACAUCCUUAUUAUUGGCAUGUGCUGUUCAACUCGUUCUGUACAAUCCUUGUGUACAUCGCAUGCCAUGAUAGGAAGUGUGGGCUUUCGGUUGUAAUCAGAUUGCAGAACACUUGGGCAGUUGACACUGAUAUGUCAACAGCAGAUUUUCAAGUAAUCGUAAAUGAGUUACAUUUUUCAUCUCAAUCUUCCUACGAA